AAUGACUAUUCCUGCUUUGACCAGUGCAACUACCUCUGACCAAAGUUUCACCAAAAAAUAUGAAACUCAUAAAAUCAAAAAGGAAGGAAGAGGAAAGUCAAAGACAUAUUAUCCUUUCGUCUUCAAUGACAUCAUGGGUCUGGAGAAAGGGGAUGGAGUUCGUGUUGACGACAUCAUACUGGCCCUGAAAGGACAUGUGAAGGACGGAUACAAGUUCAACCCUGUAUCUCCUCUCUCUGAUGAGGAUCCAGGCUACAACCCUCGUCCGUCUCCAGAAGACAAAGUCCAUGUUCUGGUUUGGGUGCUUUCUGCUAAUGCGACCAAAAUUACAGAAUCAGUUCUGAAGAAGAUGAAGGAAAUUAGAGAGGCAGCCAGUGACCUGGGAAUUCCCCAAAUGGCAAUAGUCACCCACAUUGAUGCAGCCUGUCCUGAGACUGAAAAGGAUCUGAAGAAUGUGUACAAGAGCCAGUACCUGAAGAAAAAGGUAUAUGACAUCAGUGCUUCAGUGGGAAUCCCAGUGAACUGCAUCUUUCCUGUGAAGAACUACAGUGAUGAUAUCGACAUCGAUGAUGAUGUCAACACUCUGAUCCUGAGUGCACUGAGAAAGAUAAUCGACUUUGGAGACGACUUCAUUGAUUGUGGCAGCACUUUACAUUAUAGCACGAUCUGCAGAAGCUACAGGAUGGGUGGGUUCCUGAGAUUUCCUGGUACAUCUGCUGAACCAGGUAUGGAGACUACAUCACCUGAACCAGCCCCAGAGGAGUCUGGAGGAUGGGAGGAAGUGAUGGAGUCAGAGGAUAUCUCCCAGGACGCCUCCUCCUCCCCCCAAAACAAAGAAGACCAGAUCACUGCAGACACAAAGAACCUGCAGAAGGAAGUAAACACACUGAAGACGGACAACAAGAACCUGCAGAAGGAAGUAAACACACUGAAGACGGACAACAAGAACCUGCAGAAGGAAGUAAACACACUGAAGACGGACAACAAGAACCUGCAGAAGGAAGUAAACACACUGAAGAUGGACAACAAGAACCUGCAGAUGGAAGUAAAGACACUGAAGACGGACAACAAGAACCUGCAGAAGGAAGUAAACACACUGAAGAUGGACAACAAGAACCUGCAGGAGGAAGUAAACACACUGAAGACGGACAACAAGAACCUGCAGAAGGAAGUAAACACACUGAAGAUGGACAACAAGAACCUGCAGAAGGAAGUAAACACACUGAAGACGGACAACAAGAACCUGCAGGAGAUCCUUAAUGUCCUGCAGACGGACCUCAAGAAGCCACACCAGAAAUCUGCCAAAGGACCCAAUAACUCAGAGAGAUCUGGGGAGCCCCCUUACAAAGCAAAGACCUCUUCAUCUUCAUCAUCUUUCUGGCCUAAAGCCACAGUGAAGGUGUUCCCGGUCGUCACUGGUCGGACCUUUGGUGCUGAUCAGGUCAUACUGGAACAAGUGAAGAGAAGUCCAGAGGUGGAGAUCACUAGAAACCUGCAGGACUGUGACUUCAUCAUCGUCUUCUGUCCAAUCACGUCUUGUGUUGGAUCAGAUGUGGAGGCAGCCAUGAGAGAGGAUUCAGUGUCAUCUGGAGGUAAACCAGUCAUUCUGGUGCUGAUGCAUCACACCAGAGACCCCGACUAUUCAACCGAUGUCAGAAGAUGGUCUGAAACCUUUCAGAACGUCGUGUUGGAUGUUCACGUUCUCUUCCACGAGACUCAGCCGGGAUUACUGGCGCUGUUCAAGAAAUGACCGGGCCGUCAAACUAAUACAAGAAAAGCUAAAGAAACCAGUUUGGUACAACCCUUUUUAGUGGAAACAUAGAAACAUAGUAAAGAUCAGGAUGUCCAACCAGAACAAGAAGAGGAAAAGAAACCAGUUUGGUGGCCAUUUUAGUUUUGGUGUCUUAAUAAGUGACUUUGCAUCUUGUAGCAACAGAACAGCCCUUAUUAAUUAUUAGUAGUAGGUGGUGGGAAUGAUCUUAGACCUAGUUUUAGUGGCUUAAUAAGUGAAUUUGGAGCAUCUUGUAGCAACAGAACAGCCCUUAUUAAUUAUUAGUAGUAGGUGGUGGGAAUGAUCUUAGACCUAGUUUUAGUGGCUUAAUAAGUGAAUUUGGAGCAUCUUGUAGCAACAGAACAGCCCAUAUUAAUUAUUGAAGCCAGAGAAACGUACAAGUCAGAGAAGUUUGGUUAAUAUCCUCCUGAAAUAAACAGUUGUUCAAUAAAAAAUGGUCAUUAAUGUCAGAUAUUGUUCUUAAUGAAUCGUCUGCUGUAUAAAACUUCAUCUAGGAGGUUCAGCAUGUUGUAACAAUGUUUCAGUUGUUGUGUUUAACAGAGAAACAUGUUCAUUUGUCUAUAGUCUGUGUUGUCACUGUCACACAAUAAAAUAAUAUGUUUUUAUUGUUUAAAA